CAGCCGCCAGUCUUGCGAGAGCCGCGCGCGAGAGCGGACGUCGCUCGUUUCACGCCGAUGCGGUGCCACGUGAGGGAAAAGCCAGGAGGAAAACUCCGUUCGCGCGUAGCUACGAAGUAACAACAUUUUCUUCUCGUUUCUUCCCUCCCGUUGUGGACUCACGUUAUCGCAUCGAGCGACAGGAAUGGUGUGGAUUGCGCCGGAAGUGUGACACAGAAUUAAAACCAAGCGGGAUCGGCCCUCAGAGUUCGUGGGAUGUGUCUGAUGAUCGCGGCAUUCCAUCGGAUUUUAUUCUAUCGACACGGGAAAUCGACGAUUUUCUCGUGAAUCUUCGACGCAGGACAAAACGAAAAAAAAACAAGAAAAAAAAAUCGAAAAAUCGAAAUAAAGUUAUAAAUUAAAAGUUUUAACGUGUGUGAAUCCAUUUCUAUUUGUUAUUUGACGGACAACGCAAUAAUAAUAAAAAAAAUCGAUACUCUACUCGAAACAACGAUAAAUUGAAGACUUUUAUUAAUGAAAAAAGUUACCGUAGGUAAUAAUUAAACAGUUACAACGGGAUUCGAGUGAAAUGUAACAAGCAUUUUAAUUAAACGAAAACAGACGACGAAACGAUAACAAAAUCGAAUGUUUUCAUUAAAUGGACAUCAAACGAAUUGAUAUUCAAAUAUUUUUAUUGUUGAUUACUUUUUCUAGAAAAAUGUAAUCAAAACCAUACUUGUGUUAGUUUUGUCACCGCUCGAAUUAUCGCUUUUCCACAGAAUCACAGAUUAUAAGCGUUUUCAAACAAAGAGCUUCAAGAGCACGAAAACAAAACGGAGAAGAAUUUUCAAAGAGCAGAAAAUUAUUCGUGGUGUACCUAUUGUGGCAUUUCACGCAAGGUAUUCUCCGCGCCGAUAUUCUGAAAGAAGAUUUACGCCGACUGACCCUGAAAAUACUUCCGCGGAGGUGUGAACACGGUUGUUACGAAAUUCCCGAAGGGGUCGAAUCGUUUAGAGUUCACCACGUAGAUGCAACGAACUUUUACUACGCCCGAAGACUCGAGCAAUUCUUUACAAGCAUUUCGGAAGCAGGCUCUUCGCAACCUCACCCGCGCGCACUUACUCCACUGAAAGUUUUCCGACCCGCGGCAACUUCCAUGAAAAUACGACGAGCAGAAUUACGGAAACCCUGUUUGUGAACAACUUAAAAGAGGGAGGAGAGUGUAUCUCUGUAAGAUAAAAAUUCAUUUCACCGUGAAAAUAUAAAUCGCAUCGGUGCGAAAAUAUUCUCUUCGUAAAACUUGCUCAAGGGAAAAAAUUCCGUAAAUUGUGCAAGAACUAUCUUCAGAAUCUCGGCAAUAACUGUUGUCAAGAAAGUUAAAUUCGUGACAAGUAUUAAGAGAAGCACCGAGGAAGAAUUCAAGAGCGUCAAAUUAUUAGUGAAGGCUUUAAGGACUCUUCAAUUAUAACUAUUGAUUUUCCGACACUCACGACGAUUUCCGUGUCAGAUUUAUCUAAAAAAAAUCUGCGGUAGUAAGCUUCCCGAACUGGGGGGAGGAAAGUUUCGUCAUAAGUCGCGCGAUGCAUCGGAGCACACGAAGGAGCUUCGAGAAGACAAGUGAGAAAUCCUGGGAAUCUUAGGCAACGGAAAAGAAGACGGAAGCCGAAGGUGAAUCGCACGAAAGCGAGGGAGGAAGAGAGGAAGGAAUCGCGAAUAACAGGCAGAGGCGAGGAAACGCUCCAGGAAUGCCGUGGAUAAAGUGUUUGGGUGGUGGAGGCGGGAAGGCCAGGAGGGGCAAGCCACUCAGCGUCAGUCAACCGAUCCACCUGCUUGUCAAGAGCGAUUUCGAACCCCAGUGUCACGUGUUCCGCACCAAGCAAUUGCGCAAACCUCGACCAUGUCAUUUAUGCCACCAGGCGGUGAUCAAGCAAGCUUCCUGCUGCAGAGUGUGCAAGUACAUUUGUCACAAGUCAUGCGAGGACAAGGGCGCGCGGUUCCGAGACACCUCGCAGCAAAUCCAUAAACAAUGGCAAGCCGAUCCAGCGAGGGCAUUUCCAUCCGUUGGCAGUGUUACUGCAAAUUCGCCAUCUCCGGCAUCAGGAGAACUCUCUACGCCAACUUCCACUCCCAGCCCUAGCCCUAGUCCGACUAAUCAUCAAGUCACGCACAAUGGCGGUUACGAAUCACAACCGAAAAAUGUCAACAACAUCGCGAGAAGCAAGCAGCAUCAAGUGCAGACAUCAGCGCUGGUGUCAACACCUGCAAGAACGCCGGGUGUCGGCGCAGAUUCAACGAUCACGGGACCGGGAAAGGGCGGAGGUCGCGUGACGGAAGUGAUGGAACUCUGUUACGUCACGGAGAGGAUCAUCGCCCUUUGGUAUCGAGAGGACGCGCAGGGUGUCCUCGAACAUGCUACUACCCUUCUGCGCGGGAAACAUGCUGACAAUUACAUGAUCUUUAAUUUGUCAUCGCCCGGUCGACCCGGCGAGCCGAAUACGAGGGAAGCAGGAUGGCCGCAGGGAUUAGCGCCAAGUUUGGAGAGACUGUGUGCUCUCUGCAAGGAGCUGGACUCCUGGUUAAACGGCGCUUCCAAUCGCGUCGUUGUUCUGCAUGCCAGGGGCGGCAAGGAGCGGCUGGGUGUGGCAGUGUCCGCUUAUAUGAACUACAGCAGCAUCUGCGGGGGACGCGAUCAAGCGUUGGACAGGUUCGCCAUGAGAAGGUUCCUCGACGACAAGAUCGGAUCGCUGCAGGUUCCAUCACAUCGAAGGUACAUCGAGUACUUCAGCGGACUGCUGUCAGGCUCUCUGAGGAUCAGCCAGUCACCAUUGUACCUGACCCAUCUGACAGUCCUCGGAGUGCCGCUAUUUGAGCCGACGGGCUGUCGAGCCUUUCUUAAAGUAUACGAAGGACUUACACCGGUUUACACUUCGGAUCUGUACUCGGUGACGAACGCACGUGAAUUUACAGUUAAUCUCGGCGGACUACGACUGAGAGGUGACAUCUUGGUCAAGUGCUACCAUAGGGUAUACUCGAAGCAAACUCGAGAAGUCAUGUUUUCUCUCCAGUUUCACACGUGCGUAAUUACGGAGAACGUCGUGUCCUUCCCGCGAUCGGAGCUCGACGUCGCCUGCGACGAUCCUCGGUGCCCACCCGACAGCGUGGUGACACUCUACUUCGCUACCGACGCUAAACGUCAGGACGGUCCAGUCCCGGCGCCGACACCCGCCGUGCCGCAUGCAUCGGCACAUCACGAUCCCAUCCUGCAUUGGGACAGCUAUACGAAUCUCGAGAUCAGCGACGAUGAAGGCCGUGAGACUCCAUUAUCGCCACCACCUCCUUCAAGCUCUUCGGUUCAGACUUCACCUCGUGGCUUGGGCUAUACCUGUGGUCCUAUAGAUGGAUCUUUGUAUGCUGUGGUGCAUCAGAGCGCUGCAGGAGGUGCUCGUGGCUCGCCGUUGACAGUUUCUAUGGACAGUGGCAUAAGUAGUGCACCGCCACAAAGACCUAGUCCACCAGAACCCGAGUCCGAAAAUCAAGCACACGGAGACCUCGAUAAGCUUCUUCAUGAUAUGAUGCUUACUGUCGAGUCUAUGCCAGACCCUCCGACAGAUGACUACAAUCGCGAUCAAAGUGAGAAAAUGUACAUUCAAGAACGCAGCUACAGCAGUCACGGCAGCAGCCAUCCAACGUCUACUUAUUCCACUCUGAAGGAUUCCUACAGAAGUUACGGAGCCGGUAAAGAAUCGAGUCCGCCCUACAAUUCAAGCAGCAGCUACAGCACCCUGAAGAACGAGUACAGAGAUUCGUCGAAGAGCAUCGAGCAUCGCGACUUCGAGUAUCGCAUGUCCCCGGAUCGAAAGGUAUCCGAAUCAUCGAACGAUUCCUACAGAAAACACGCAGAUUCUUUUUCGCCGCCUGGCAACAUUGACUUCAUCGACGAGGAUAUCCCAUAUCACGCCAGGCAGACCAGCCAACCGUUCUCCUACGGUGCCACCACCGAUAUGAUAAAGCAUCAGAAAUUGUCGUCGCCUUCGUUAGUGAGGAAGGCGACAGUGCGAAGUAUUGCGCCUGUCGUAGAUUUCGAGGAUAUUCUUGGUGAAAACUCUAGAAGACCCAUCAGUCCUCUCAGUCCCAAUACUCCGGAUCCGCCGCCGGAAUUCGCAAACGGACCCAUGAAGAUUGGAUCUGAUCAUAUCGAUGGUUUGUCGUGGCUGAGACAGCAGCAAUUGAAACUCGCCGCUAGGCGAGAUGAAAGGAGCCCUGGCAAGCUUUGGCGACAAGAGACCGGAAACCGUGUCAUUGGCGAGCUCAGGAGCUUACAGAGAGGGAGAUUAAGAUACGACGGUUACGCGAGCGAUUCAGCGGUCCUCGACGACGAUGACGAUGGGUGGACGAGUUCCGUUUCUGGGCAGCCGUCGUCGAGAGCUGCUCUGUACACCUCCGCACCAGCUAGUCCUCUACUUCCGCAGAGAUCGAGCAGCCGGAAAUAUAACGGCAGUGCCGGAAACGGCGUUCUCGGCAGACCGCGAGCGGAGAGUAUGAACGAACGGCCGUUCGUUUCCGUAAAGCGUGCUUACGAGUACCGCAAGUACAACGACAGUCAGAGCCCUCCGACAUCCCCUCGCUCAGCCUUAGUAGCCGCGCCACCCUUAGGAUUCGCGGCGGGCCAGCAGCAAUCGAGUUCCAGCAGCAACGACAGGCCGCAACAGCAUCAGCAGCAACCGCCGCGGCCGGAGUCGCGCAGCGACAGUUUUGCGCGCGCGGACGCACUGCUGCGCGAGCAUCGCCAUCAUCAAUUGCAAUCCGGUGUCAUCAACAGCGUCAGCAAUGAUCACUCCGAGCGGAAGCAGACGAUCGCGAUUCAGGAAUACGCGUCAUCUAGUCGAAAUGCGCGGCCCGAGUCGAGGAAUCGCGUUGCUUAUCAGAGCGUCGGGAGUUACAGCUCGACCAGCAGCAACGAUCAAGUUGACGGCGGAUUGUUAGCGGUGGUCGAUCAACCUGACCCUCUCGUGAGCCUCAUUCAGUCUCUAGCCGAGAUCUCGCCGAUUCGCGCGUCCCCGAGCAUGACAAAAACCGAGAACGAGCACCCUGCCGGCAGCAACGCAAUAGCAGCCGCUACAAUUUCUGCCAGUGUGCCUAGCAACAAUGUCACUAAUUGCUCCUCUAACCAGUCACCAAAAGCAUGGCAGAAUUGCACCCAGCCGCACAAUGACUCGGCGUCAUCGUGGACCGAGAGAAGCGUCAGUCCCGGAAGCGCGAUCGUCAGCGGCGCUUCGCGACCGCAGACACCAGCGUUUCCAGUUCAUCCACGAACGCCGUACGUCAAUAACGCAUCACCAACGGUGACGUUUGCUACCGAUCGCACUUACGUGACGGCCAAUAAUAGCUAUAAUGUUAGCAACAACAACAACAACGAGGCUAGUGGAAACAACAACAACAACGUCGGGAAUUACGGCGCCGAACGAACGAUAUACAUCGAAGAACGAAGGGAAGCCUCGAAGGAGACGGGGCUUCCACCCAAGAGUCCGACAACACAGCGACGCUUGAGUUUCCCGGCAAGCGGGCCGCUUAAACAAACGCAUAACAAACGAUGGCCGCUCACUAACCAAUCGGCGUCGUUCGACUAUAGUAAGGACCGACCUGUUUCUCCUAUAAGCGAAUCGGCGAUGUCACAGCCGCAGGCUGUUUCGCGCAGCCCUGGAACACCCACCCAUGUAGAAUUCGCCCAAAGCCCUAAGAGUGCUACGUCGUAUACAUCGAUCAACAGCGGUAGUUCGCCGCAAGUUCAAUAUUAUAGCUCGAGACGCUCCAGCGUUCACUCGAAUACUGAGCCCCAGGAGGUAGCUGACGUUAAUGUAAAAUUCGUACGCGAUACUAGCAGGAUCUGGUACAAACCCAAUAUAUCGCGGGAGCAAGCAAUCUCGAUGCUGAAAGACGCGACACCCGGCACAUUUGUCGUGCGAGACAGCAACUCAUUCCCGGGUGCCUUCGGUUUGGCAUUGAAAGUGGCUACGCCACCUCCCGGUGCGCCCAGUAGCCCACGAGAUCCCUCGAGCGAGCUCGUCAGGCACUUCUUGAUCGAACCAACGUCACGCGGCGUCAGACUAAAAGGAUGCGCGAAUGAGCCCGUCUUCAGUUCACUCUCGGCACUCGUUUACCAGCACAGUUUAAUGGCAAUGGCAUUACCUUGCCAACUGCUGUUACCCGAACCGGAGGCAGCCGCUAGAGCUCUAGAUUCACCUGGUACCAAUAGCACUCAGCAGCUCCUCGCUCAAGGAGCAGCUUGCAACGUUUUAUAUCUCUUUACAAUUGAUACGGAGUCCUUGACCGGGCCACAGGCCAUCAAGAAAGCCAUUACUAAUCUCUUUGAGCAAAAGCCUUUGCCGGUUGCCACAAUUGUUCACUUCAAAGUCUCCACGCAGGGCAUUACUUUGACUGACAACGCAAGAAAGCUAUUUUUCCGUCGACAUUAUCCCACAAAUAAUAUAAGUUAUUGCGGAUUGGACACUGAAGAACGCACGUGGGACUUUAGCAGCGAAGAUACCGGAAGACCACUUAGCGCUCAUCGCUGCUUCGGCUUUGUUGCAAGAAAACUCGCUCACAAAUCAGACAAUCAGUGCCACGUGUUCGCUGAACUGGAACCAGAACAACCCGCCACGGCCAUCGUAAAUUUCGUUAAUAAAGUCAUGAUGGGUAGUUCCAUCGCCAAGGCCAACAUCGUUUAAGAAUCGCUACUCGUUCGCCACAAUCGCCAAGACUAACGGGCACAAACAUCAUUGCAAAUUCAUUAACGGUUUCGCCUUUAAGGUCGACACCGAUACAUAUCUUGAACGCAAAAAAAAAUGCAAAAGUCCAAUUAAGAUCGACUGAGAAGUUGGGGGAUAACUGGACGAAUGAUUGAUAUAAUCGAUUAAUGAAAUCGUUAUUCCGUUGAGGACACAAAGGACACACGUAAAUCCUUUUAAAGGAUUUGCUGGAAAUGGCUGCACGAAUUAAUCAUCAUCAUUAACCGAUUGUUCGUAAUAAGUCUACGUGCAUUUCGUAGCGUUGAAUCAGUAGAGCAUUCAUGUUGCAAACAGUAGGAAUGAUAUAAUUAUCGAUAACGCUGGGAAAAAGUCGAGAAUCGCUCUCUUUAGAAGAGAACGAGAAGAACGAGAGGCGAUAACGUAAAUCGAUUCCAUCCUCGCGUCAAUAUGCAAACAAGAUAAAAAAAGUUGUUGUUAUGAUUAUCGUUACUAUUGUCAUUUAACGUAGCGAAUAGUAAAGAUAUAAUAGAUGGUCUAAGAAGGGUAAGGUGGUCAAAUGACUGCGUUGGAAAAAUUUGAUACAUGUAAUACAAUAAUUUUAUUUUAUUUAUAAAAAUAUAAAAUCUUGAAUAUUCUUUACGUUCUUAUUAAUAAGUAUAAUUAUAAUUUAGCGUAUAUUAUUUACAUUUUAGCAAUUAUUGAAAGAUUUCAAAUUUUAAUAUAAGAAUUUUAACGAAAUAUAUUUAAAUGAUUCUUCGCUCUCUCUCUUCCCUCUCUUUAUAUUCGAACAUUUUUUUAGAAGCUUGUUUUGCGAAAUUUUGAAGUUCAUGAUUUCGCCACCUUUCCCCGCUUAUGAUACGAUCGAUCAGCCGCACACGAAUUUACCGAUAGCUCGUAGUCAUAGUUGAAAAGACUCAACCGUGCUCUUCGCGCGAUUUACGAAGAGCAUCGAACAUUCGAAACGAGCGUAUCUCGCACGACACUGAGUGCGCUUUCGAUUUCGGAAAACACCUAUGCAUUGCGCACGUAUAAAUAUGCAUUCAUUUACACAUGAUUACACAUACUACAUACACGUAACUAUCACUUGAAUGGCAACAAAACUUGGGCUCGCGUUUUAAUAAUUUUAAUGAUCCAGACAGUAUACAUGGGUAAAUACAUGAUUCAGUCUACAAAAAACAUUUUUUUAGUUCUGUUUUUCUGUCAUUUUUUACUUAAAAAAUGUUACAGAAUUAAUAGUAAGAUAAAGAAAUUUAUAGAAAUUUACGAUCACGAAAUAAUCAGAAUUUAUUAUUAUAUUUGAAUGUUUUAUUUAAGAAUCCUAAAUUUUUAAGAAACACACAUAAUAAAAUUUAAAUAACGAAUAAAUCGUAAAUAAGGCGUGAGCAUCGUAAAUUCAUAUAUUAUCAUGUUAUACUUGAGACUCUCGAGUAAUGUUUGACAGAGAAUGUUACAUCAUGUGCAGAGUAUAUUAUACCCAUACAUAUACAUGUACACGCACGUAUAAAAUCCUCGUGUCAUGCUCCCUCGAUGUGUGAAAGAAUGAUGUUAUAAAUAACUGUAAAUACACCAAGAGACAAAAAGACGCCUUAAAAGAAGGCCUCGAGGAGACACCUUGAGGGAAACCGUGUCGCGAGAUGAAUGAUAGUCCGCGACUCAUGGAAGAAGCAAUGUUACGUUUAGGAGCAGCUCGAAAAUUACGCAGGUUAGAAUGAAUGAUGCUAUUUAAGGAGGAGUAUGCACGUGACGAGGCAGUAUCGCGCGUAUUCUUUCGGUGAACUCAUAGAUUCUUGCCAUUUCGGGCUCGUGUACCGUCGAGAGCUUAUACUCUCUCGAAGAGUGUGUCUCGACGGACACGACGAUGUCAAUUAUUACGAUCGAAUCGAUUAUAUAGUAAUUACGACAAUACGACGGCGCGAAGGGACUGCUGGUGUCUGCAGUAGCCAGCCUUUCUUUCGACGUCGUCGGCUUCUUCGUCAUUUACUUUCGCGAUCCCUUCUACUUUUGUCUUCCGAACGAAGGUCGGUCGAAGCUUCGGCGUUUUCUCCAUUCUCUGCGAAUUCCUUCACGAUCGAGAGAAGGAGGACCCGUAGUUACGCAAUGUGCUAGUCAAAAUUCGUACUGUAUAUUCAAUGGUCAAGAAAUAGGUUAACGGUGACCUUGGGAGCCCUUUUCGGGAAUGCUUGGCCCUUCAAUAGCGGCGAGCGCGAGGUACUUUACUUCGCGCUGAGACUAGAUGUAAAGUAAUAUGUUUUAUCUUAUGGAUAACGGGCUCGAAACGCAUAGAGAUAAUUGAGUGUGCCGCUGAAAGAAUCAAGGGCCCGCUUGAGAGAACCGGCCGUGUAUUUUUUUGCGUUCUUUCUUCUCUUCAUCGUCCGUCUGCCCUUUCUUCUUCGUCUAGAUUUCUUUUCGUACGCGCCCGAACCUGACUAACAGAAGUAACAUUAAUUUAACAUUCAGUCAUUAUAAUAAUAAUUAUUAAUAUUAUACUUAUUUACGCUAUAUUAUACUCUGUGUAUGUUUGCGCAAUAAUUGUACCGUUGCGUGCCACAUGGGUACGCGCGUAUAGUUGUAACAACAAUAAAUCAUAUUCACAGCG